AUGGGAAGUUACGGUAUGCAACAGAUGCUUGAGCGUUUUCGUAGAAACGUCAAAGAACAGAUUCGCAGGUAUAAAAAGAAAACAAAAUGGAACUGGCCCGAGUUGCAUCUUUAUUGCGGUAUUUGCGAUUUGAAGACGGGCCUCUACAUACGAUCCGCGGUCAGCGUGUUAGUCUAUAUCGUUAUCCUGGCCAUUAACUUGGCAAUAUUGUACUACCUGUUGGUGACCGGAACGAAGCUCUAUUCAAUGGACCUCUCAGACAUAGAGGAGUACCUCGGGAUCAGUUUCACGGAGGUCAAAGCCGAAAGGGUGAAAAAGAUCUAUAAUGCAAUCGUCGUCUAUAUGCUAUUCUGGAUUUUGUUUAAGAUUUUCUACAUUACGGGUGGUUUUCUAACGAUAUACGCAAUUUACAAGAAAAAGCCAAAAAUACUGAAGGUUGUGUACUACAUUAAUAUACUCAACUGGACCCUUGAUAUAUUAAUUUCAAUUUUCGGGGCGAUAAUUCUUCAGUUGAUGUCAAGAACGCUGGUUAUUAUAUGUGUAUUGUUCGAAGGUUACAAUUUGAUGGCGAUUAACAGCGAAUACAAACAGUUGAAGGGCAAGUCGAAACUGAUAAUCAACAUGAACAACGUAGAUGUCGGCACUGAUAUCACUCCCGUGGAGGAGGCUCCGCCUAGUGCCUUCUUUAAUCGCAAACAUUGUGAGACGUGUGCCUGUUACGAUGAACCAAGUGGGAACGUUUGCAUCUACGGAGGCACUGCAGACGGAAACGCUCCCGUUGACACCAGUUCCACUCCCGACCAGGAGGACCGUUUGGACGCUAACGCGGAGAAAGUGUUUAACAUAAAGGACGUGGACACGAUUUUCAACCAGGACCUCUUGGUUCCGGGUCAAAGCGCUGUUUCGUGUGUGAACGAGGUUUUCGUAGGUGCGGCGGACGGCAGAAGGGCGGUUAGACCGCAAACCCUGCGGCUACCUCCAUAUCCCGAAGAGAAGAUAGAUAUCGCGGACAUACCGACUAUUUACGACGAAGACCAGCUGCACGUCGGAGGCAGCCCCGUAGUGGACCACAUGCUGGGGGACAGCGGCAUUCACCCUGGAAUCCGGACG